GAGAAUAUUAUGACAUUUGUGAAGAACGAGCUGAAGAUGUUCAAGAGGAUUCUUAGUCCAGAACUCCCAGAAGGCUUUGAGAGUCAGAAGCAGGAUAAGGAAGUGGUGGAUGCUGAAGAUGAGAAGCAGGAGAGCAGUGCCAGAGAGGGGGCUCUGAAGAUCACACUGCACGUCCUGAGGAAAAUGAACCAGAAGGAGCUUGCUGACACACUGGAGAAAAAUGAGCUUGCUGUGAUUCUUCAACGUGAACUCAAAUCUAAUCUAAAGAAGAAGUUUCAAUGUGUAUUUGAAGGGAACGCUAAACAAGGAAACCCAACACUUCUCAAUAAGAUCUACACAGAGCUCUACAUCACAGAGGGUGGAACAGGAGAGGUCAAUAAUGAACAUGAGCUGAGACAGAUUGAGACAAUAACCAGGAAACAAGCAAGACCAGAGACUGCAAUCAAAUGUAACAACAUCUUCAAACCCUUAACUGGACAAGACAAACUUAUCAGAUCUGUGCUCACAAAGGGAGUCGCUGGCAUUGGAAAAACAGUCUCUGUGCAGAAGUUCAUUCUGGACUGGGCUGAAGGAAAAGCAAAUCAGGAUGUCCAAUUUGUAAUUUCAUUCCCUUUCCGGGAGCUGAAUUUGAUGAAAGGUGAAAAACUCACUUUGAUUGAACUUCUCAAUCACUUCUCAAUGGAAACCAAAGAAUCGAGAAUCUCCAACUACGACAAGUACAAAGUUCUGUUCAUCUUUGAUGGUCUGGAUGAGUGCCGACUGCCCCUAGACUUCCAGAAGAACAAGAUCUGUUGUGACGUCACAGAGUCAACCUCAGUGGAUGUUCAGCUGACAAAUCUCAUCAAGGGAAAUCUGCUUCCCUCUGCUCUCAUCUGGAUAACUACCCGACCUGCAGCAGCCAAUAAGAUCCCUUCAGGGUGUGUUGACCAGGUGACAGAGGUACGAGGGUUCAAUGACCCACAGAAGGAGGAGUAUUUCAGGAAGAGAUUCAGUGAUGAGGACCUGGCCAACAGAAUCAUCUCACACAUAAAGACAUCAAGGAUCCUCCACAUCAUGUGCCACAUUCCAGUCUUCUGUUGGAUUUCUGCAAUAGUCCUUGAACACAUGCUGAAACAUAACAGAGAAGAGAUGCACAAGACUCUGACUGAGAUGUACUCACACCUUGUGGUGUUUCAUACCAAACAGAAGAAUGAAAAGUAUCUUGGGAAUGAAGAGACAGGUCCACACUGGAAUAAAGAGAGCAUUCUGUCACUGGGAAAACUGGCCUUUCAACAGCUUAUGAAGGGCAAUCUGAUUUUCUAUGAAGAAGACCUGAAAGAGGCUGGCAUUGAUGUCAAUGAAGCCUCAGUGUACUCAGGAUUGUGCACACAGCUCUUUAAAGAGGAAUGUGGGCUGUACCAGGACAAGGUGUACUGCUUCGUGCAUCUGAGCAUUCAGGAGUUUCUGGCUGCUGUAUAUGUGUUCCUCUCAUUCAUCAACAACAAUGAGAAUCUAAUGGCCGAACCUCAAGUUACUGAAGUUACCUUCUACAAGAGUGCUGUGGAUAAAGCCUUACAAAGUGAGACGGGAAACCUGGACCUGUUCCUCCGCUUCCUUCUGGGCCUCUCAAUGGAGUCCAAUCAUAAGUACUUACGGGGUCUACUGACAACAACAAGAAGCAUCUCACAGAGCCAUAAAGAAACAGUGAAUUACAUCAAGGAGAAGAUCAGAGACAAUCCCUCUCCAGAGAGAUGUAUCAAUCUGUUCCACUGUCUGAAUGAACUGAAUGACCAUUCUCUAGUGGAGGAGAUCCAAAGCUACCUGAGAUCAGGAAGUCUCUCAGAAGAAGAACUGUCACCUGCACAGUGGUCAGCUCUGGUCUUUGUGUUGCUGACUUCAGAAAAGGAGCUGGAUGUGUUUGACCUGAAGAAAUACUCCAGAUCAGAGGAAGGUCUUCUGAGGAUGCUGCCAGUGGUCAAAGCCUCCAGAGCUGCUCUGCUGUCAGGCUGUCUAGUCACAGAGAAAGGCUGUGCUUCUCUGGUCUCAGCUCUGAAGUCAAACCCCUCACACCUGAGAGAGCUGGACCUGAGUAACAAUGACCUGAAGGAUUCAGGAGUAAAGCUGCUCUCUGCUGGACUGGGGAAUCCCCACUGUAAACUGGAGACUCUGAGGCUGUCAGGCUGUCUAGUCACAGAGAAAGGCUGUUCUUCUCUGGGCUCAGCUCUGAGGUCAAACCCCUCACACCUGAGAGAGCUGGAUCUGAGCUACAAUGACCUGAAGGAUUCAGGAGUGAAGUGUGAUCUCACACUGGACCCAAACACAUUAUACAGACGCCUCUCUCUGUCUGAGGAGAACAGAAAGGUGACACAUAGGGGAGAGAAAUGGCAUCCGUAUCCUGAUCACCCAGAGAGAUUUGAGGACUGUGGACAGGUGCUGUGUAGAGAGGGUCUGACUGGGCGCUGUUACUGGGAGGUAGAGUGGAGUGGGCACAGGGUUGAUAUAGGAGUGACAUAUAAAGGAAUCAGCAGGAGAGGAGGGGCUAAUGACUGUUGGCUUGGAUACAAUGACAAGUGCUGGAGUCUGCUCUGCUCUGAAAACAGUUACAUUGCCUGUCACAAUGAUAAUCACACUACCUUAGACAUCCCCUCCUCCAGCUCCCACAGAGUAGGAGUGUAUCUGGACUGGCCAUCCGGCACUCUGUCCUUCUACAGAGUCUCCUCUGACACACUGACCCACCUGUACACAUUCCACUCCACAUUCACUGAGACCCUCUAUCCAGGGUUUCAUCUUUGGUAUCAUGGCGCCUCAGUGUCUCUGUGUCAAACAUAACAUGAUGUUUCACUCUAAUCAUGGUCAUGUUCAGCAAGACACACUGGAGCAACAAUGUUGAAUAGCUCUCUAGUGUGUAAACAUAUGAUUGUAAAUAUUCAUGAAUACACACCAUUGAAGUUGACAGACAUUGUCAACUAGAGUCAAUCAUUAAUAUAAUGUCACUCCCUCUCCCCCUCUCUGGCGCUAGACGUCGCCAGUCUACUAACCGCCAGUCCUGGCAACCCAUCAUUAGACACACCUGGCAACCUUCAUUACUCACACCUAAUCCUCAACAUUACACACACC